AUGGGCAACAAACAUAGCAAAGACGUGUAUAUUGGCAAAGAUGCUAGCAAAGGUGCCGGUGAAGACGACGAUAAAAACACUGAUAAAGACACUAAAAAGGAUUCCGCUAAGGGCAACAAUAAGAACCCCGGUAAAGACAGUCCAUUCCGGUACAAGGAGCCCACAUACAAAGAGCGCCGGAGAAAUCGUCUGCCGAACUGGUUUUGUAUCUCCGACACGAUCGGCCAGCCGUAUCGACUUGACCUACUACGCUUUUACUUCGACCGCAGUGACCCUCAAAGUCUUGUCAAACAGCUGCAGAAGCAUUGGAUGGCUGGGCUCAUCGUCUGGAGAUGUCCAAGCGAAGCCCUACAUCCGAAGCAUGACCGUUUCUAUAAAGUACGCCACAUGACUGGGAAAAUCUACCUGAUCGGCUGGGACGAAAUGCCAAACGAACUUGUUGACAAAGGUGUAUGGUGUGGUGCGAUAUAUCCUACAGAGUUCGCCAAUAUCGCUCGUUUAUAUGUUAGGUGUCCUGAGCUAUGGGACUACGAUUGGAGGCAUUCGAGCUUCUGGACCGCGGCUCCACAGCCCCAGUUGGAGAGGGUCCGAAAAAGAAUUCAAAACGAAGGGUCUGAAGAAGAGGUGCCACCAGAAAAAAGGAGAGGAAUUAAUGAGGCAUACGCAGGACAACCGGAUAUCGAAAGAGUUCAGUCAUACUUAGAUCUUCAAAGAGACGUUCACGAAUGGUUAAAUAACACAGAAGAUCCCAACGAUUUCGAGGGCGAAGAGACACCACCCGGAUUUUCCGAACCCCUGAUAGAGCUUGAUAGUGAAGGCUCGCCCUCUGACACAGAAUUGGCAUCACUCUAUGCCGAAGAAAUGGCCUCGCCCUGCGGAAUAGAAGACCCUUACAGCCAUAUAACCUAUGCAACCCGACCCCCGCGACAAACAGAAGCCGACGAGCUCGAAGAAGGAAAUUACAUUUCAAAUCUAGCUACUUGGAACCUCGAGUACAAAUCUGUUCCAUACCAUAAAUGGCCUGAAGAAGUCUUCGCCGCAGACUUAGCUGAAGGCCUCCAACGCGCCGUAGCUAGAUUUCGUAAUCGGUCAUACACCUCCUUCCAAGGUUCCACCUCAAGCAUUGACAUAUAUAGUCGCUGUCCUCAAAAUCCCGAAACCUCUCCAGCUAAGGGUGCCUAUGCGACACCGGCGCAUAGUAUCUAUAUACCGCAAAUCACGAAUAUUACAUCUGACUGGAGUCUUGAGGUACUCGCGAACCUACCCACAGAAAUGGGAUUUAGCGACCCGGCCGAAACCGUUCUAGAUUACCGCUUACCCAAAUCCUACAAUGAGAUGAAAUACCCCGAUUGGGAACCGGGAUUUGGAACAAAAAGCCCCGGUCCAGAUUCAGCCGGGCCACAAGAUGUAGACACUACAUCCAAAACUGAAUCUCACCACCCCAUCUCUAUUUCACCUACUUCUCCGUCUUCAUUCCCUUCAUUCGACUCCACAUCCAGCGAUACCCAACAAGACUCCCAAAAGCAAACUGUAAGAUUUGCUAUAGAAGAAAAAGAACCCAGUUACGACGAACUCGAAGCCAACACAAUCACUAAAGCAGAUCUAAUACCCACUACCGCUGAUGGCUUUUAUUCCUAUUCUCCAACAGUAGACUGGCUCCAUUCCGAGUAUAGACAUCUCGUACAAACCGGCAAUAUACCGAAAGAGAACCUAACAGAAAUCAUGAUCUAUGGUAGUCGUGGGUUCAUUAAUUUAUUCAGCAGACACAUAGAUGCCUGUGAGUUCGUCCCUUCACUACCGGAAAAGGAAUCGAGAAAGGUGCUUUUGAGGAAAAUAAAGGAUAGUAUUAGAAAUAAUCCUAUUGAAGAGGAGGGCGAAGUUGUUUUUUUGGACUAUCUUAAUAGGCGUCUAGAUGUGGAGAUUAACUAUAGCGAUCCCAAGGGUGCAAGGGUAUCAUUCUAUGAGCCAGAGGAAGAUAACAGAGAUUUUUCCGAACCGUUACCAGAGGAAUUCCUAAUUCCGGAACUUUGCCCAUAUACUUUGGAGAAACGUAGCGGGAUUUUAAGAUAUUUCGAUUCGAUCGUAGACGAUUGGUAUGACUACGGGCACUACGAUUUCUGGGAAGAUGAAGGUCAGCGUUUUAGAAAUGAUUUCCUUUUGAGAGCCCUUGCCGUCCAUCCCCGCAUAGGGCCUCCGGAUAAUCCAUAUUACCACGAAUACGAGUCUUUUCUUCAAAACCCACUUAUUCGGUACUAUGCAAAACUUAUGGAAAUGGGGUGGCCUUUGCCGAGUGAAGAAGAUGAAAAGAAGAUGAAAGAAAAUUCACCAUCAGGGCUGACCGUUUGUAUAAAUUUGUGGGGUGAUGAUGAGUAUGAAUGGGAAAGAGACAACAGAGAGGCAGAGGAGAGGGAAAGGGGGGGACGGGAAACAAGUUACGAAGAACAAGGCGAAGAAGGUAAAAAAACUGAGGAUCAAGUGGUAAACAACGAAGGGGAAAAAGACGAGGAGGAGAAGGAAAACUCACCCAAACAACAAGAUCGAGAGAAAGGCAAGAAGAUAGACUCGGAUUUAUUAAAGCUCCUACUGUUGCUUCCGCGGCUGAGAAGAAGAAAGCAGUUGCAACUUAGAAAAAGAACUAAGGGAGAAUUAGAUCAAAUGGAAAUAUCGGGACUGGCCCAAUUGCAAGAAGAAAAGGCAAUAGAAAGACCCAUAUGGGCUCGCGACCCGCGAUUUCCAGCGCAAGACGAAGAACGAGAACGGUGGCUGUCACCCGAAGAAUCGGAUAUCCUACAGAAAAUGAGACGAGAUGCAGAGUACGGACGUCUAAGACAUUGGAGAUGGUGGUACGAAAGAAACCGAAAGAAGCUUUCGAUGCUGACGGAAUGGUAUAAAAUGGUCGAUUGCUUUUGGCAGGAUAGAGCGGCUGCCCAAGGAAGAGCUGACUACAGGAGAAAAAGGAGAGAUGAGGAAAGAGCCAAGUGUGAUUCAAGACUGUUUAAACCACCACCUCAUAGUCCACCUGAGGAACGUGAACAACAACCCCAUAGAUGGGAUACAUACGGUUUUGAUCAAUGUCUUCCCAGUGGGGAUGAACACGAUACGGACAAAAACCUGGAGCCCGAAGAGGAUAACUAUGAUGAAGACGGCUCUGAAAACAAUGGUGAGGGCACCAACGAUCAGUACGAUGAGUAUAAUGAUGAUGAUGAGUACGAUGGUGAGUAUGAUAGUGACAACGACGACGAAUACGAUUCGGAUUACGACAGCGACAGUUACAACGAUGAUGAAUACGACUCAGGAGAUUGGAAUGCCUUCCCUAUCCAAUAUGGCGAUGAAAUUAUUGGCUAUAAAACCGUUCCAUCAUAUGCACAUCAUGGGGAAUCUUCCAAAGAAAACGACCCGAAUGAAGCAGAAUCCUACUCUGGGCCCGGCAAAGAAGAACAUUUAUCUUGGAACCAAAGUGAAGAACCUAACUACUAUUCUCAAGAGAGAGAAGAAAACCCAAGUUGUAGACUCAGAAAGUAUGUUCCGGAAAUAGAGUGCCAUGACCCGGAAAUAGAAAAACCAGUAUUCUACGACCCGGAGGAAUUCAAAAAUAUCCGCCAAUUCCCUGUCUGGAGAGAAAAGGUUUAUUACCACUAUCCACACAAAACCUAUAGCAGCCGACCUCCAGCAUCGAUAAAAGCACAGGCUAGAUAUUGGAAAUGGCUUUGCAAACUGCAUUAA